AUGUCCCUGGACAUGGAGUCAGGCGGCCGGAGCUGGAGCCAGAGGUCGGAGCUGGUGGUCCAUGAGGAGGUUCCUGAUGGAGAGAAGCCCCACAAGUGCGAGGAGUGUGGGAAGAGCUUCAGGCACAGCUCCAACCUGAUGAGGCACCAGAGGACCCACACUGGGGAGUGGCCCUACGAGUGUGAUCAGUGCAGGAAGAGGUUUCAGACCAGCUCUGAUCUCCUCAUGCACCAGCGCACGCACACAGAGGAGAAGCCCUUCCGCUGCCCCGACUGCGGGCAGGGCUUCAGGCGGAACUCCCAUCUUGUCACGCACCGGCGCAUCCACACUGGGGAGAGGCCCCACGAGUGUGAGGAAUGUGGGAAGAGCUUCAGGCAGAGCUCCAAUCUGGUCCAGCACCAGAGGACCCACACUGGGGAACGGCCCUACGAGUGUGGAGAGUGUGGGAAGAGAUUCAGCCAGAGCUCCAGUCUGAUCUGCCACCAGAGAAUCCACAUCGGGGAGAGGCCCUACAAGUGUGGGGAGUGUGGGAAAAGCUUCAGCCAGCAUUCCAGCCUGAUUGUCCACCAAAAGACCCACUCUGGGGAGAGGCCCUAUGAGUGUUCCAAGUGUGGGAAGGGGUUUCGGACCCACUCCCAUCUCCUCCUGCACUAUUGGAGUCACACAGAGGAGAGGCCCUUCUGCUGCCCCGACUGCGGGAAGGGAUUCAGGCAGAACUGCCACCUUGUCAGGCACCGGCGCAUCCACAGCGGGGAGAGGCCCUACGAAUGUCCCCAGUGUGGGAAGAGCUUCUCCAGCAGCUCUAACUUGACCCAACACCAACGGAGGCACCUGGGGACCAGGGCUCUGGUAGUCCGUGUCUCGUAG